UCGGAUAAAAUCCUAUUUCCCUCUCUUCUCUCCGUCUCUUUCGUUCUGAUUCUGAUUGUUCGUGUAAAACCCUAGAUGACGAUGCUAAGUUUGAGCACGGAAGUCGAUACUCAGUCACUGAAAAAACUCAGUCUCAAAUCUGUAACACGAGCUCGUGAACUUUUCUCCCCCGUCCAUGGCCAAUUUCCUCCUCCUGAUCCUGAAAGCAAAAGAAUUCGGCUCUGCCAUAAGAUUCAAGUUUCAUUUGGAGGCGUAGAACCUGCAAGUAAGCCUACACGUAGUGCUGAACAUAACAGUGAAAAGACGGCUCCAUCGAAUGCCCUUGCCCUUCCAGGUCCAGAAGGUUCCAAGGAACUUCGAAAAGGCACAACAGAGAAAGCUUUAGUUGUUGGUCCAACUUUACCGUCAAGAGACUUGAACAAUACUGGUAAUCCAGGCAAAAGCACGGCCAUUCUUCCUGCAUCUGGAUCCUUUUCUGAAAGAAAUCUGUCAACUGCUGCUUUAAUGGAGAGAAUGCCUAGUAGAUGGCCUCGUCCAGAGUGGCAUGCACCAUGGAAGAAUUACAGGGUGAUCCAGGGACACUUGGGUUGGGUCAGAUCUGUUGCGUUUGACCCAAGUAAUGAAUGGUUUUGCACUGGUUCAGCUGAUCGUACCAUCAAGAUAUGGGAUGUAGCGACCGGAGUUCUGAAACUCACACUUACUGGACAUAUAGGGCAAGUACGAGGCCUCGCUGUAAGCAAUAGACAUACCUAUAUGUUUUCUGCUGGUGAUGACAAGCAAGUCAAAUGCUGGGACCUUGAGCAGAAUAAGGUUAUUCGAUCUUAUCAUGGUCAUUUGCAUGGCGUUUACUGUUUAGCUCUUCAUCCAACGCUAGAUGUUAUACUAACCGGAGGGCGAGACUCUGUCUGCAGGGUAUGGGAUAUCCGUACGAAGAUGCAAAUUUUUGUACUCCCACAUAACGCAGAUGUUUUUUCCGUUUUAGCCCGUCCAACUGAUCCACAAGUUAUUACAGGGUCUCAUGACUCAACCAUCAAAUUUUGGGAUCUCCGAUUUGGCAAAUCGAUGCUAAAUAUAACGAAUCAUAAGAAGACUGUCCGAGCAAUGGCUCUCCAUCCGAAAGAGAAUGCUUUUGUUUCUGCAUCAGCUGACAAUAUCAAGAAGUUUAGCCUUCCUAAGGGAGAGUUUUGCCACAACAUGCUUUCUCUGCAGAGAGACACAAUUAACGCAGUGGCUGCGAACGAGGAUGGCGUAAUGGCCACUGGAGGUGAUAAAGGUGGCUUAUGGUUCUGGGACUGGAAGAGUGGUCACAAUUUCCAACAGGCAGAAACUAUUGUACAGCCCGGUUCGCUGGAGAGUGAAGCCGGUAUAUAUGCAGCGUGUUACGAUAGGACGGGUUCAAGGCUGGUAACGUGUGAGGCAGACAAAACAAUAAAGAUGUGGAAGGAAGACGAGAAUGCAACUCCUGAAACUCAUCCUCUCAACUUCAAACCUCCCAAAGAGAUCAGACGCUUCUGAGGUUUCUCUCUCUUACAAGUUACACCUCUCUAAUCUCAAACUCGAAGUCAGAAAAAAAAACCACUAAUCUCACCAAAAUCUGUUUCUGGAUAAAAAAAAAAAACCUUGUUUAUGUGAUAUAUUUUUACCAGUUCUUCUUCAAGGUAGAGAAGGGAAAAUAACAGCAUUGUAGUUUCUUGGUGACUAAUUGUAGUUUUGCAUGAGUGUAGCCAUUAUUUUCGGAAGGGUUUUGGAACUCA